CCGCGCAGAGGACCUGUGCACAGUCCCCACGCGUAACCGCGAAAGCUUCUCCCCGGUUUCCUACCGAAGCAUUCUUACGAUGGAGGCCAUCGUCGGCGCCUCCCUUUCCUCCUCCUCCUUCUUUCUCGUCCUCCUCCGCCGCCUCCUGCAGUAUGGUCGGCGGUUCCUGCUGAUCAUUUUCUCCAUGUUCUCUCCCUCCCUCCGUCCCUCCCUCCUCGAGGGCUCGCCGUCGAAGCAGAAGGGUCGAAAAGCGCAAGUGUGGGACUUAAUUGUGUCUGGAGCUGGGAAAGGGACUUGAUUGUCCUGUAUUUCGUGAUCUCCUUCUUGACAUGAUGGAGCACAGCACUUCCAAAGUAUGUCACAGCACCUCCAAAGUAUGUCUUGUUUUGGCUUUUGUAAUUUUAUUAAGCAUCGAAGGAGCACUUGCAAGACAGACAACUGAGGAGUUCUCUACGCUGAUAGGUGGCCAUUCAUUGCCGGAUUUCACACAGAUCGAAUAUGGCAUGGUGAGCCAGCUGUGGACUGCUUGCAAUCAGGAUCCAGUAGAUCUAGAGAUAAGUCGAACAUCAAGUGCCAAUUUGGAGAAGGCCAUAAAUACUUUGCCACCUAAGAUGAAGCAUAUUCUUCUCAAUUGCCUUAUGAGGGUAUCCUUUCCCCAUAGUGUGUCAGGGAAAGAUGACAUAUCUGGCAAUUGGUAUGUCCAGCAGCUUGAGUCCUUGCUUGUUUGGCAUACAGAGAGGAGGAGAAGUCUGGAUGAAGAAACAAACUUUAACAUGGGUGUAUCUCUUGGUGGGUUAGAUCAUCUACCUGCGCCUGCUCCUGCUCCAUUUUCCCUGCGAAAAGCUGCAAAUGCUCCUGCUUCUGCUCCUGCUCCAUUUUCCCUGCGAAAACCUGCAAAUGCUCCUGCUCCUGUUAAGCAAGUGCCUGCUGAAGCUCCAACUCAACAUUCCCAUUCUGCUCCACCAGAUCAGUCUGCUUCGUUCAUUGCACCUAUAAAUAACACAAAUAUAAGUGGAAGUCCAGAGCCUAAUAACAGGGAUAACAUGAAAAGGACUAUCGCUGUAGCUGUUACUGUAACUGCAGCCUGCACUUUUCUUUUUGCUGGAUUGGUUUUUUAUGGUUACCGAAAAUGCUGUACCAAUAGGGCGGGCUCAGGAGAUUGGCAAAAGGACGAUAGGCCUCUUCUUUCCUUAAGCAUGAGAGAAUUUUCAGUUGGCUCGUCACCGAAGUCACAGAUUAGGGAUAACCCAAUAUCUGACACAUCAUAUGCAGGGUUACACAAGUCGAACUUUGGGACGUAUUCAUUUACACCAAAUCCAAGCAGACAUAAGCUGGCUAGUGAGGCGCGAUUUUCUCCACAUCCUCAAAAAAAUUCACAGUCAAUAUCUCUUCAAGAUAUUUCUGCAUCUGUAGAAUCUGGAAAGAUUAUAUCUUCAUUCUCAUCAGUUGGAGGUCCAUCUUCAACGGAAGCUGCUCUGCCAGCCAUGCCUCCAAGUGCUCAGCCAAGCAAAUCUUCCAUGCAUUCCCUCCCUCCUCCUCCUCCUCCUUGUCCCCCUCCUGGUCCACACCUCCCUUCUCCUCAUUCCCCUCCUGCACCACCACCUCCUCUGUCCUCUGCUGCUUUACCACCCCCUCCUCAUGCUCCUCCUCGUCCCCCUGCUGGCCCACCACCCCCACCUCCUCGUCCUCCUGCUGGCCCACCACCCCCACCUCCUCGUCCUCCUGCUGCUCCACCACAAUCAGGACCACGACCCCCUCCACCGCCAAAUGGUGCUUUUCCACCUCGUCCACCACCUCCGAACAUGCCUUCUUCAAAAACAAGUCAGCUUCCCUCUGGGAAUAAACCUAGUGGAGUAGACGAAUCUGAAGCUUCAAAAGCAAAGUUGAAGCCAUUUUUCUGGGAUAAAGUUUUAGCCAACCCCAGUCAUUCAAUGGUCUGGCAUCAAAUCAAAGAAGGAUCUUUCCAAUUCAGUGAAGAAAUGAUAGAAAGUCUCUUUGGGUACAGCUCUGCAAAUAAUCAAAAGAAUGAUCCAAAGAGAGACUCCCAUGAUGCUUCCCCCCAGCAUUACCAGAUUCUGGAUCCCAAAAAGUCACAGAACAUAUCCAUUCUUCUACGAGCUCUAAAUGUGACUAUUGAAGAAGUCUCUGAUGCCCUUUUGGAAGGUAAUGAACUCAGUGUUGAGCUAAUUCAAACCUUAUUGAAGAUGGAACCAACUUCUGAAGAAGAGUCUAAACUUAGGGCCUAUACUGGGGAACUAUCACAGCUAGGCCCUGCUGAACGGUUUCUUCAGGCAUUGGUGGACAUACCUUUUGCCUUUAAGCGGCUUGAUGCAUUGUUUUUUAUGGGUAUUCUUGGAGAGGAAAUGAUUAACAUUAAAGCAUCCUUUAUUACUUUAGAGGCAGCUUGUGAAGAACUCAAAGGCAAUCGUCUUUUUAGGAAACUCCUGGAAGCUGUUCUAAAAACUGGAAACCGCAUGAAUGAUGGGACCUUCCGUGGCGGUGCUCAAGCAUUCAAACUUGACACAUUAUUAAAAUUGGCUGAUGUAAAAGGAACAGAUGGGAAAACAACUCUGUUGCACUUUGUUGUUCAAGAGAUUAUACGAUCUGAAGGUGUCCGUGCAGCAAGGGCAACUAGAGGAAGUGAGAAUAUGUCUAGCCUGAAUUCUGAGGAAAAUUUAGAAAAUGCACCCUUAGAGACGGAAGAUCAUUUCCGAAGCUUGGGCUUACAAGUAGUAUCUGGGCUUGGGAAUGAGCUUGAAGAUGUGAAAAAAGCAGCUGCAAUUGAUGCUGACAUGUUAACAAGUACAGUGUCAAAACUUGGUGGUAUGCUGCUAAAAACAAAGAAAUUUUUGGACUCAGAGAUGCAACGCAUAGAAGAAAAUGGGCACUUUGUACAGACUCUUACACAUUUUGUAGAGCAUGCAGAAAAUGAAAUUACAUGGUUGCAUUCUGAGGAAAAAAGGAUAUUGUCAGUGGUGAAGGGAACAACAGAUUAUUUUCAUGGUAAUGCUGGAAAAGAUGAAGGUUUAAGGCUGUUCAUCAUAGUCCGGGACUUUUUGUAUAUGUUGGAUAAAGCAUGUAAAGAGGUCCGUGAGACUCCAAGGCGGGUUCCACAGGGACCACGAACUAAAGAAGUACAAGGUGUGACAGCUCCAAGCCCAAAGCGUUUGCUUUUCCCUGCCAUAUUGGAUAGGCGGGUAGAUAGCUCAGACGAUGAUGAAAGCCCAUCGCCUUAGGACAGUUUUGUUACCUUAAGGCGAUUUUCGAGGAGUUUGUUGCUAGUGUAUAGCUUGAAAGUGGAUAUACUGCCUGAAACUGUAGAUGCAUUUCCUAGAUAGAAGUUCCGUCAGUUGGACAACUCUCAAGUGGGAAUUGGAUUCUGUUGUAUCAGAGUACGUAAUUUGUGGAGAUGUCCUCACCUGUAGGAGUGACAUUCUGUAAAUAUCACCUAGCUGUCAUGCAAGUGCCAUAAUUUGUGGAGAAGAUGUCCUCGCCUGUUGAGUGACGCCCUGUAAAUACCACCUAGCUGUCAUGCAAGUGCAAAAUACUGAAUGACGUGUUCCAAGGCUGUCAUGGAAAGACAGUGGAAGGGACAGGACACCUGCCAUUCUUUCAUUAUUUUCAUCCAAGGUUAGUAUGCAUAUAAGGGGCACCAGAGGAACUGGAGUCUCUCUCUGAUAUAGGACCAAGAAACUUGCCAUUUAAAAGGGAGUGCGCCAUCAUUCUUGCGACAGCUGCAUAUACUGCUGCAGGAGAUGAAUGAAGGCUGCUAUAUGGGCAAGGGUGCAGUGCUUGCAGGAUCCAUGGGCGAGAUUGUUCAGUAGUUCAUGAAAUCUGUUAGUUUCAUGCUUUUGAUUUGUUAUCGUUCUUUUGAAGUAGGUUUGGGGAUUGGUUGUAUUGUCGAAAGAGGCUUCUGUAAAGUAGAAGUGACACCUUUUUCUUGUUCUUGAUUGCUUGAGCAUCUCCUGAUUCUAUUAUAGUUGUUGGCUGCUGAAGUUCGUUUAUGCA